GGAAUGCUUCCACUUCACUUCAAUUAAAUUUGAAUAAUGGAAUGCUUCCACUUCACUUCAAUUCAAAAUCUUGCUCUCAAAAAAACUCAUCUCACCAUCAUAAAUGUUUUUGACUGAUUUAGCACUCACCUCAUUUCAAUUCACUCUGCUUUAUUUGAUCGUCUUUUUCCGCCCUGUAAAGCAAUGCCAUCCCACUAAUCCCAAAAAGAACAAACCUUUAAUCUAGAAAUAAUGGAAUAAUAACCAAGAGGGGGGAUAUAGAGAUAGAAAGAGAGAGGUGUUUUCAAAUUGUGCACUGUUUAACUCUGCAGCUAUUUUUUCCACAGAUCUGUGGCCUUUUAACAAUCCCUUUUUUUGCAGGACAGUUGUGAUUGUGUUGUUGCAAAGAUGAUUCCUUUGUUCUUUCUGGUUGUGUGUGCGGAGGGUUUGGUUGCAUUCCUUUUAAUGGUGAAGAUUGGUCCGUUGAGGGAGCUUGUGAUAAAGGGUUUGGAUCAAGUGAAAAUGAGGAGGGCUACAGUUCUAACCAGUGCUGGAACUAUUUUUGCCAUUUUGCUGUCUGAUUUGUAUAGCAUUCUCAAGAUUCAGAACAAGGGCACCAAACAUGGCACUAUGACUCCAAUGGAUCAAGUUAUUUGGAGGACAAACUUGCUUGAGGCAACUCUCAUGGGCUUUUCUCUGUUCCUCGGAUUCUUGAUCGAUCGAAUGCAUCAUUACAUACAAAAACUGAUAAAAGUGAGGAGCAAUACCGGCGCUUCAAAGCAAGAAGUCGAGAAUCUUGAGAAGGAGAAGCUUCAGCUGAAGGCGAAGGAAGAAAAAGCUUCUGCUGAAGUGAAGAAGCUAAAAAAGGAGGUUUCGAGUUUGACUGAGGAUUUGAAUAAGCUCAAGCUGGAGUCCGCUGAAAAGGACAAGAAAGUCGAAACAGCAGAAGGUCACGUUGCUGCACUCCAGAAACAAUCAGCGGAUCUACUGCUCGAAUACGACAGACUUUUGGAAGACAACCAAAAUCUCCAGAACCAGGCUCUCGGCUACAGAAGAUGAGGCGAUUGCUGGUGAGAUUCGAAUCUUGAAAUUCUAUUCAGCAAGGAAAUGAUCGUUGAUGCGCAUUGGCAUGGGAUAGAUCGGAGGAGAAGACGUUAGCGGGGCACCAAAUGUGUUCACCUAUUAUUCUGUCAGUUUCAGAGAUUUCAGCUGUGAAUGCUGUUAGACUUUUGAUUUUGAUCUAAGUUUCAAUCCAGUUUAUUUGAGUUUUGACAUUUAUCUAACCUUAAUAGGCGUCUUGAUUUUUUA